GGGAGGACUAGGAUAAAUCGUCUGGACCAUUCGCCCCUCUCUGAAUUCGGGAACAGCAGACAUCUUUAUCAAUACGGAGACUCAUAUCAGUCAAGGAGCGCGGUGAAGAUGGACGCCAUUAUCAGACUCCUGGUGCUAACUGGGCUGGUCCAUGCAGCUUACUUUGCGCCAUUACCAGCCAAAGAAGAGUCGGUCAUGUUUUUUGGGGAGGACUUCCACAUCCUCCUCCCCCCGGGCGCGGCUGACGUGGUGUUCCGCCCAACGGUGAUGCCACAGCGCGGGGAGAUCGUCCUGAUGAAGGCUGGCGUGAAUCAGGGCCCGCGGGCCAAGAUCAACCAGCAGCUCAGCCACCUCAUCCUGGAGAACGUGGGCGAGACCGACGAGGGGGUCUACACCGUCACGUCCCUGGACCCUGUGGACAACAGCACCGUCACGAGGACCCUCACACUCAUCGUGAGAGACUGCUCUAAUGAGCAUAGUGUCAAGUUCGGAGAGAACUUCCACAUCCAGAUCGCUGAUGUCACCGGUCCCAUCUCGCUUGAGUUCCGGCCCAUCGCCGUCGAAGCGAACCAGACAAACCGCCCGGCUCUGAGUCUCAUGGACCAGGAGGGGUAUGAGAACCGCCUUGUGGUCACUGAGAGCAAAGUGACCCUUCAGGCGGUCAGCAUGGCUGACAAGGGCUCCUACACCGUUGUGGAUAGCAAUUCGAAAAUUCAGAAGAAGGUGUGCUUGAACGUUAAAGAGCUUCAUAAUUUUUAUUCUGUGCCUGCUGGGGGCACUUUCAAGUUCAACCUGGUCCAGAACAGCUCCCUGGUGCGCCUGGUCUACAAGCCCAACAGCGACCGCAGGGCCCGGGUCAUCCUGGAGAAGGGCGAGGUGACCAUUCCAGAGGACCUGGAGCUGAAGGACCGCUUCUCUGUGGACGGCAACCUGUUUGUGCUGGAAGAGGUCAACAGCGCCGACGCUGGAGAGUUCCACGUAACAGACCUGGACGGCGCCACCAUCGCCAUAGACUACCUGGACGUUAUAGACGUUCAGCUGUCGCCGCUGUACGUGACCAUCAUUGCCCUGGUAUCCCUGGUGGUGUUGAUGUUGCUUGUGUGUCUGCUUGCCUGUCUCGUUAAAAUACGCAAGCGGGCAGAGAAGUCCCGGGCCGUUGAGAAGAUCGCCAAUUCUGCAGGGCAAGAUGAGGGUGACGCCUUCCGACAGGUGGUCAAAGAGGCCUGCAAACAGGUUGAGGAUACCAAUGUUCAGUCCCUGAAGGAGGACAUCACAGAGAAGUCACAGAGCACAGAGGUUAGCAUUAAGGGUUUGGAGGUGUCCUCAAAAGAGGUCACUGGCUUUGAUAAGAACCUUGAGACCAGCGACUCUGGGGUUGGCUUCAACACCACUGCCCUUCCUCUGGACAGUGACACAGAGGCCCCUUCUGCCCCCCUCCACGACGACGUCCUGAGCACCUCCGUGGCUUCUGAAGCAAAGGCGGCCCCAACCUUAACACCGGAGCCCAAACCAGCUCCCCCACCGACUCCUGAGCCUAAAGCGUCUCCACCGCCCCAGCCCAAGCCAGCUCCUCCCCCAACCCCGGAGCCCAAAGCCUCCCCACCUCCUGAGCCCAAACCAGCCUUAACACCAACCCCCGACCCCAAGCCGGCUCUAACUCCUGAACCCAAGUCGCCAGCCCCCAAGUCUCCGGCCCCUAGGUCUCCUGCUCCCGAGCCGAAGGCAGCUACGCCGGAGGCCAAGCCAGCGGCUACUCCACCUCCGGAACCCAAGGCAGCCAUGACACCUCCUCCUGAAGCAAAACCAGCUGUUUCUCCAACCCCACCCAAGUCCCCAGCCCCUGAGCCCAAGCCGAGUCCCACCGCACCCAAGGCUGCUGAUGAGAAACCAGCCGCUGCUCCACCUGUUGAUGUCAAACCUCCGGCGUCCCCGUCUCCUGACCCCAAGCCAGCGACACCGGAGACCAAGCCUCCAGCGAGCCCUGAGCCCAAGGCGACACUCCAGCCAGCCCCUGAGGCCAAGCCUGCCGUGAGCCCGGUCCUGGAGCCCAAAGCGCCCACCCCAGACCCUAAACCAGCGCUGAGCCCAACACCGGACCCCAAGCCAGCCGUGUCCCCGGCCGCAGAGCCCACCACCAACGGCACGCCUGAGCCCAAAGCAGACAGCGGAUCCGAAUCCCCCAAGAUUGCCCCACCCAAGAGCCCCGAGACGGGCAUUAGUCUGAAGGCUCCCCCUCCUGCAGACGUGAGCUCCGACGGAGCGAUCACCAAUGACAGCGCAGCGCCUGCCAAGGAGGAGGCUGCCACCACCUGAGGGGCCUCAGGCCUCCACUCUCUCCCCCCUGAGGAAUGCUAUCUGGCCCUGAAUACCCAUUUAUGACUUUAGACAAUCCAAACACUCUACUAAACGACAACUUCAUCACAAGCUCCUGGGGAAGGGACUUUUGAACACAUGUAAACACUUCUGUGCUUAACCAACGUAGCUCAUAUCUCACCUAUUACUCACUCAAAGGGAAAAUAUUACUUCAUCUCCCAGUACUUAUGCAUCAAGUUACACCAAGACUGACACCAUACUGACCAUCUUUAUGUUUCAUUGACGUUGGUAGUAGAUGGCUACAACAGUUAUCUGCCAGCCCAUAUAAAUGUAAAAAACAAACAUAACUUUGGGAAUAGCCUGUAUGCAUGCACAUAACUGAAUUUGUUGCGCCACUGCUCAUUGGAACUGGGGCACAGGACAUCACUGGUGUAGAGAAAUGCAGCGCAGAGCUUCUUCUUCAUAUGUGGGACAGGAAUGAUUCAUGUAGCUCCUUCACUCAUCCACUUAAGUUAAUGACACCGGUAAUGGUCUCGAUGGCUCACUGACCGUGAGAAUGGAAACGGAUUCAUCAUCUCCAUAAGGCCAGGACACCUGCCGCAAAACCACACCCAAGAACCACAAGUGGACUUCAGAAAACAGGGGCAACGCAUGGCUGUUCGAGUUUAUAGCAUCUGCAUGACCGGAAAACCCCUUAUCAGGACCACUCUGUGUCUUAUCAUCCUCUCUGGCUGGACUGCCAACUGACUGAACUAACAACUGGAACAUUCCGUGAGAGUCUGAGAUCCUGCUGGUCCUUCCGCAUGGAGACCACACCCUCUCAGAUGCAUCUGAAGCACCCAAAGAUGAGAGAGCCUCAACCUUUCCUCUCAGCUUUGACAUUUACUCUACAUGGCCUUUUGAGUUUCUGCUGUACAUCUCGUAGCUGUGUUCUAGUUCCUACCAGCAACCGUAUAGAUUGGAUCCUUUCUUGCCAACCCCCCCUGGCCCUUGCCCUCAUAUAUUGCAUGCAUAGAAAUCCACAGUACUCUAAGAGUGAAGACCAGCAGUUUCCUAGAGAAUUCAAAGAAAAGCCUUCUUUCUUAUGGCCAAUCUCCAAAAUGCGGUGAGUAAAGAAAUGUAUUAGUAUAUUAAAGGGCCCAGGUCAAGACUCGAAAAUAACAUUGUAUGUCACAUCCAAGGAAUAGUAUUCUCUCAUACUCACAGUCAGGUUUGAUCAGAACCAGAUCAAAAAAGAUUGUUAAAGAAUGUCUUAUCAUUAAUGACUGAAAUCAAUGCCUGCUAUAUUUGCAUAGUCAUUUGGAAUCCCUGGCACCUAGUCUAUUGUAUGUUGUUGCCUAUAGCCUGAAAGGAAUUCUAUAAAGAGUUUACACAUGGUGUUAAUGUUACAGUAACAGUAUUCUAAAUGUAAUUAAUUGUUCUUGAAUCUUCUUGAUGUAAAGUUCCGUGUGAGAAUCCACUGCUAUGGAUGGUUCAGCUGACUGAAAUGUGAAUCUCUCAUGACUUGUUCUGGUUACCGAUGGCUGAGGAAUUCACCUGGAACCAGUCAUGAUGGUAGACCAGAUCCUGGUGAUGAGGCUGACCUCCAUCUAAGAAGCAUUGAGGCUCUAGAGGAAGCCUACAGCAGUAAAGCCUGUAAUGCACGUUUCAAACAGAGAUCAAUUGAGUCCAGCUAAUUAUCUGUGCAGAGAACAAAAAAGGAUUUUCAAAGGGGUUUGCAGAAAAGCACAAAAUUAACGAAGCUGUCAAUCAAUUGCGAUCACCAGAGAGCCCCAAAAACAACGCUACAGCUCUAUUCCGUGAAUUUGUGAACUGCCUACUUUUUACCUUUUUACUCACAGUUGCCAGUUUUAAUAUGAAUAUCCAAAAUUGAAAUCAAUUGAAACCCAAAGCCAUAAAGCAUCUCUAAACAGCAUACAUUAUAAUGUAGAUAAAAUGUUCAAAAGACACAGUGUUUAUAUUGCCUAUCGCAGACGUUUCAUCAUCACUGGAAUGUACAUGAGAUAUAAUGUAGACAGAUUAUGUAAGGAAAUAUCACAUUUACGAAAAAUAGUGUAGUCAUAGGCAAAUCUGAGAAAAUAUCUUAUUAUUAUGACAGAGAGAGAGAGAGAGAGAGAUAGAGAGAGAACCACUCAGCCCAUGGUGUCUGUGCCCUGGGACAUAGUCAGUGAAUAGAAAAAUCAGUGUUAUUGUUUCCCAUUUAAGCAAUACAAAAUGCAGUGAUUGUAUAGACCCGAACGAACAAACAAACAAACACACACUACACACACACAUAACUAAAACACUGGCGCAUUCCUCUCUAUUGUAUAUAUUGCAUGUGUAUAGCUUAUAAUGUGGUUCCAUCACUCAAAAGAUGAUUGUGUUUGCUGUAUGAAAUGGUCGUAGUCUUUUACAAUUUGACAGAAGUCCCCCAAAGCCGACGCGACCCUCUGAUUAUUUCACUCGUAUGCUUAAUGAUGUAGAAACCGGUGGAAGUGACAGUAAUGUACACAUUUAUCUUCCCUUCACUAACCAGCAACAACAGCAACUGUGUGAUGUCCAAAACAACAGCCCAAUUACUAGUUGGUUGUUUAUUUGUCGGUAGAUGCUAGUAUUUCUUUGUGUACUUGUCACCACAAUUGCCGAUUGUACACUCACCUAAUUGAAAGUCCUUAUUGGGUCCUAGUUCUAUUCUAUGGUCACCACAGAGAUGCAUCCAAAAAGACAGUUUAGUACGCCGCAUGAGCACAACCAGGCCACCCUACCACCAGUUGUGCUGUUACAGUCUCCAUGUUUGUGCCCUUGCGUAAAACCAUGUGCUGUCAGAUUGGUGUGUGUACCUGGGACAACACGUGUUCACCAUAUGGCUUAUGUGUACUGUAUGUCUGUGUGUGCAUUAUCAGUAUGUGCCUGUUGGUUGACUGUGUGUGCAUUCACUGUAUGCUUGUAUUUGUUUGUGUUGGAUAAUGUGUGUGUAUGUACAGUAUGUAUGUACCAGUGUGUGUUUACAGUGCAAAUCUGCUGUGGAAAUGUAGGCGAUGUGUGUUUACUACCGGUAAUCAGCUUUUCAUCACAACUCAUCUUCUCGGAGGUAGUGUGUUCCCUUGUCCUUGAGAACCACCCAAAAUGACCCCCAGCAAGACCAUCUAACUUUGUUCUCUUGAAAGGAGACUUGGGAACUUUUCCAUCAAGAUUAACAUACUGUGCGUUGGCGGUUAACUGUUAUGAGUCUGGUUUACAUCACGAACGACCCAAAAAGUGUGACUUCUAAAGCAAUCGCUGCCGUUUCUAAACACUCCCUUGGUGCUCUGAAGGCUAUUCGUUAACACUACUUUGCCUAUAAGAAGAAUACAUUCUGCAGGCUUCCUCUGUAAAAGCUAUUUUAAGCGUGGUUUGUGAGCGUAAAUGCCAUUGAAAUGUUUGAGAGCUGUAGGCUGAAAUUGUUGCUUGCUUCUGUGUGUGGCAAUGUGAAGUGAAUAGCUUUUGACCCAUGACCGUUCAGUUAUCACAGAGAAAAUGGCUGUUAGGAGUGGCUCAGUGCUGUAAGUGUAAGUGGUUAGUGUUUGUCUGGGGGGAGCCUAUGCGUGUUUGAAAAUGAACUGAGAGCUGUGUCUAUCAUAAUCACUCUAUAUGUUCAAGGGUUUAAGCCAAGGCUGCCCCUACUCAGUAGUGGGUGCUCAUGUGAGAGCAAUGAGCCCAAUCACCCAGUGAUGUGAACGAGCCCCCUGGUCACCCAUGGGCUAGGGUGAUAUGGGAUAAAAUGGUGAGAAAUGGAGUCAUUUGAGAAGGAACCAUUUUUAGUAGACGGUGAUAAAGGGCCACUUGCUGAGCCCCAUCCUGAGUGCUGGCAGUCUUGUUGUUUUAAGCUCUGGGACCCCUGAUUGGCUUCACGCUGGGCUUGGUUUGAUUCUAUCCCACACCUGCAUAAGUCAGGUUGUCUCUGGCAUUUGUUUUGCACUCCUCAGUAUGAGACCCCCCCCCCCCCCCACCCCAUUGCCCCCGCCCUGUCUCCUCACCUUCCGCU